CAUCGAUCGACCCAGGCCGCUCUCGUCACUCGCGUCUUCAGAAUGGCCUCAGCUCUUGAUAUAUAAGAGCGGGGAGCCUACUUGGCCAUACUGAAGACUGCAACACCACCCCGCCCUCUAGCUUACUGGGGAAUUACGCGAGCUAUCAUACCUGCUUAAUCAUUGUUUUGAUUUGCUUAGAUUGAGCAUCUCGUCUACUUGCCAACAUUACUCUGGAGAUGUCUUUUAUAUCCGAGGGUGGCGGGGCGGCAAAUGCUGGAUCCGUCUCACCGUCCCGCAAACAACGUCGCUCCCGCAUCUCCCAGUCUGUCCUUGAAUCGACACCAUGGACGGCAACAAGGUGCCACCGCCUCAUACGACCUCUGCUCUCACACAUCACCGCACUGCAAAAGGAGAUGUCCUGGCCUUCCAACGAUGCCGCCUUGGCUGGUGUCACCUCUGAAGCGUCCCGGGAGGCUUUGUCUGGUCCCUCUCCCGGCCCGACCUCUUGUUCCCCUCGACAGGCUUGGGUAGCAGCCGCCUCGACUGCUGCAGCCCGCCGAGGGAGGAACAUGCAAACCUACUCGACCAGGGGCUCAAGGCAGCGCACAGGCCAGAGGACACAGCCAAGAUCCUCAGACGACAAUGAAGCACCGUCAUCAUCCUCGUCGCAGGCCUUCGCCAACAAGGCCUGUAUCUGGAGCGACACGGCAAUGCCGACGCCCAUAGUCCGCAAGAUCCGGUACCACCAGCUGUCUUCCCCCGUGGGGCCGCCUCGACCCCCACCGAAGUUCACCGUGGAUGUCGAUGACUCGGCAGAUAGACCUCUGCAGGGUGGUCGUCGGGCGGCCAGCACCGCGCCCGCGCGUUCCGCAGUGGAGGAGGAUCUGGCCGGAUUGCGGCGCACCACGCCGGCCUGCGUUUUCAACAUGUACGAGGCCAUCUUGCGCGCCACUGAGUCGCUCCUGCGCGCGACCGCCGAGCCGGCAGCGGCGUCGGAACGGGCGACGGCCCCGGUCCUGGUGGCGCGCAAAUCACUCUUCGCCAUGUGUCUGCGCCAGGUGCCUGCCUACAUCGCGGGCCGCCAAGAGUGGGAGCGCGAGGAGGCUGAGGCCCGGGGCGAGAAGGCGGCCUUCAACCCUUCCGAGGUCUCCUUCGGCAUCUACAGCGAGCUCGAAGGGCUGGGACCCGGCGACGGCGCCGGGUACAGGCAUCUGCGGGUCGUCGUCAGGGCCCACGGCAUCCGCAUCCUCCGCGACGCGGUUGAGCAAGGUAUUCUAGCCGACGCCGCCUUCUGUGCCGCCCUAGCCAGGCUCUGUCUCCUCUCCAAUGCCGGAUCCGAGGCCGAGGAGAUCCUACGGGCAGCCCUGGUGCAAGCUCCGCCGUUCCCGGGACCUACGGGCCCUGACAGCACGCUCGGAGAGAGCCCUGUCUUGGCUCCCGUACGGCUACUACUCACGGUGGCGGAAACGUCUAAGCGAGACGCGUUUGCGUUGCGGGAGAUGGCGAACCUCCUGUCGAGUGGGAAGCUGCCCCAGGAGUGGAUGUGCACUUCGGUGUUCCGGAAGCUCUGGGCCACUGUGGUGCGAGCCAUCUCGAGCAACGGGCCAUGCCAGGGGGCGAUGGAAUUUGCAAAAGUAUCACUCAACAUUAUUUGCAAGCAUGUCAACCGACGGAAUAGAAAAUCAAGCUCUAAGCAAGACGACGAAAAUAGCGGUGCGUGGGAGAGGACGCUGGAUUCGUCGUUGGCUUCGCUGGCAACAAUGUUGACUGUGGGACACGAAUCGCUGGCGAAGCCGGAAGCUAGCUCAUCGAGGCACGAAAAGAUAGCAAUUAUCACCAAACGGGUUAGAGUUAUCUUGCACUCCUCACUGGCAGCAUCAACCGGGAGGGGUAUCCGCCAAUUUGGAGGGGGCGUCUUUCUCUUGCUUCUCACACUAUAUCUCUCCACCAGUCCCGACCUGGCGAACGAUGCAACUGAGGCCGCCGUCAGGGAGCGGCUGGAGUUGCUGUGGGAGGAGUCGUCCGGGGCCAGAACAUCACAGCACCACGGCAGAGCCGUCAAGCUCAUCAGCUCGAUCGCCCAGUGCUGCGGGAGGGGCACGAGCUCGGCGUCGUCGACAUACCUCCUAGGGCUGUGUGGGCGGGUGCACGCUCUGGACGUGGAUGGCGAGCUUUUCGACAAGCUCGAGGCCGACUGCGCAUUCUCGCUGGCGCACAGAACCAACGACCUGCGAGACCUUGCGUUUGCGGAGACGCUCAGCCAGUCGCGAGCUGGGGCGGGCGGAUUGGUGGACGAGACGGCGGAGGCCUCGGGCGAUGGGUCGUCAGCCCCAAACAUAUUUACGGGAUAUAAGUGGGAUGACGGCAUCAGCGAGUGGGUUCUCAAGACUCCAGCGCCGCGCAAGCCGCAGAUGCCACCGGCAUCUCGAUCGCACAGUGGUAGCAACAGGAUCGGCAGCAUCACCUCCAGGAGGUGCCGCACCGCAUCUCCCGCCGUCUCGCAUCCCGAGACGCCCCCACAAGCCGGCAGGCGACGAGCCCUCCGCUCCCAAACAGCCGACGCGGCAGAGUCGUCAGCAGAGGACUGUAGCUACGACGACAGCAACGAAUACGACGAGCUGUCUUUCGACUCGUCCUUCAACUGCCGCAAGAACCCGACCCUGAAGAGGCGCAGGGCGGCCACUGUCGUGGCCAGGGGUCCCCCGCGCCGAGUGGGUGAGAGUCGCCCGGUCAGCACCACGGUGAUGCUGUCGCUUCGGAGCCACGGCAACAGCAACGACAGGCGAGGAGCGGCCGCUGGGGUCCCCAGGAAGAGAAUGAGGCCAAGCUUGGAUUCAGAGCAGUCGAGCGACGACGAGCUCUGCAUGUGAACGAGCUCGCCGCUUGCGCACUUAGCCUUGGAGGCGAGCAUCCGCGUCCCGUCAAGUUGGCAACGGAGCCGCGGACUCAAACGCUCUCCACGUUUCUCGCUUCUCACUUCUCGCUUAUUUUUUCGUCUCGAGGAUGCCAUUCUGCGCCUAUCCAUCGAGCCUUCAAGCCUCUUGACGAGGGCGAUCACCCACGUCAAGCCUUCGGACUCCCCCAUCCCAAGGCCAUUUAUACCCAUAUCCCGGCGCGCGCGAGAGCAGGGACGGACCGUCUACGAUGCCCGUCCCAACAUGUCUAUCGGGACUUACCCAUAUGGCGUGGCGGAGGCGUCGCGGAAGGCGUUUGUUUGUUUGUUUGACAUUGUUGAAUCAUAAUUUACGAUUGUAUUCUAGCAGCGAGAUGAUGUUGGUAUCUGAGGGGUCCGGGCACUUGUGCGAGCCAACACGGUGUUGAAUAUCCCAACACACCCAUCAGGGGUAGGCUGGCCGGCAUUGGUUGGCGCAUGCGACGUAUACUCAUGUCACGUCAUUUUAAAGAUACUGAAGUCUAUCG